AUGCCGUCUUCUGGGAUUCCCUCUCCGGGAUGCCGUCUUCUGGGAUUCCCUCUCCGGGAGGCCGUCUUCUUGGAUACCCUCUCCGGGAUUCCGUCUUCUGGGAUACCCUCUCCGGGAGGCCGUCUUCUGGGAUACCCUCUCCGGGAGGCCGUCUUCUGGGAUACCCUCUCCGGGAGGCCGUCUUCUGGGAUUCCCUCUCCGGGAGGCCGUCUUCUGGGAUACCCUCUCCGGGAUUCCGUCUUCUUGGAUACCCUCUCCGGGAUUCCGUCUUCUUGGAUACCCUCUCCGGGAUUCCGUCUUCUGGGAUACCCUCUCCGGGAGGCCGUCUUCUGGGAUUCCCUCUCCGGGAGGCCGUCUUCUGGGAUACCCUCUCCGGGAUUCCGUCUUCUUGGAUACCCUCUCCGGGAGGCCGUCUUCUGGGAUACCCUCUCCGGGAUUCCGUCUUCUUGGAUACCCUCUCCGGGAUGCCGUCUUCUGGGAUUCCAGAGGUCCAAGCUGCUGGACUAUCUGUCUCAGUCCUGCUUCUCAGUCUGCUGGAGGAGAAAGUCUACAGCGGCAUCCCCAGACGAGGACCUCUUGGCAUAUUCGUUCCGUCCGCCGCCGAGCCCCCCGUUGAACUUUUACGAAGACAUUGAUGACACAGUUAAUGGGGGUGACAUCAUGACUAAUGACUGUGACCUCACAGUCGCCGAAGAAACGGAAUGGUCCAAGCCCCUCCCCCUGCCGACACCAGAGGAGAAGAUGAGGCAGCAGGCGCAGGCCAUUGCCGCUGACAUAGUACCCAUCAACAUCACUGGUGAAAGUUUUGAGCGUCAGGCCAGUUUCCGGCGAGCGUUAGCCAACACAGACACUCUGAUCCGUCAUCCCCGGAACAAACUCACACGCCGCAAGACCAUCACCGGAAUACCUGAUGACAUCACCAGAGAUCUGGAACAUGAAGCUGAUGAAGAGCCAGGGUGUAGUAGAACAGUGGUUCAGCCUGGUCAGGACUCUACUUUGGGCCGGAUCGGCAUUGUCAACACAGCCCUGCUACAGAGCACUAUCAUGAGGCGCUCACACACCCAGUCACACACGCCCUCACAUGCCCCAGAGAUUCACCCUCACCCUAGCCUCACCCUCACCCCCUCAUCUUCCAUGGGCAGUGUCUCGCUGGUGGGUGAAGAUGGAGGGGAGGGCUUCCACAGCCUCCCUUGUGAGGACACCUUGUCCUCUGUGAGCAGCUGCCUCACCACCCCCUACAGGACAUUCUGCGACACUGCACCCUGCUCUAUGACCGACUGCAGCUCUCUCUGCUCCUGGGACGCAGACACCGCCGGACACUCCCCCUUGCAGUGGCUCAAGUCCCACAGCCACGGCUGCAUUUCUGCCGACUACGCCACCGGCAACAACUGCUGUCCCCACGGUAACCAAGACCACCACGGUCUCCAUAGCAACAGCUGUAACUUGUCACACAGUAUCUCGCUGAGGAAGUUCAAGAGGCCCCCCGUUCCCCCUACCCGUUCCACAUCGCUACGGCGUAAACCUGCUCGGGGAAAACCGCUGCGCUACAACUUCAACAACCCUAGCAAACCUGGAGAUAGAGAGGAGGUGGUGGUGACGGUACAGAGGAGUCUCCAGACCCCCAGUCCUGCUCCCGUUUCCCCUCUGGUCUCCCCUGUUGUGUUUGAGGUGUUCGAGGAUCCUUGGGUCCCCCGCUGUCGCAGCUUCAGCAGUCUGAGCAGGGGGGAAAGGGGGGCUGCUGAUACAGCCAGCCAGAUCAACCAGGUCCCUCACUUCCACAGCUUCCACCAACAGGACAAUGCAGCUCAGGACCAGGACUACCCUUCCAGCCUCAAGCAGCCUCACCACUCUGCGCCCCGCUCAGCCAGUACUGGAGGGCUGAGCCUGCCUAUGGGACCUAAAAUGACCGCCGCUUUUCCUAACAUGGCCGCCUCUGCAGGGAGACUGCAGCGUCUGGCUUCCAACUCCAACGGACACUCCAGCCAGUGCAACACCCCAACCUCCUCCUCACCCCAAACCACCUCCUCACCCCUCACUUCCUCCUCCCUGCCCCUCACCUCCUCCCUUCCCAGGACAUGUUCUACCCCUGGCAGAGGAGGGCCCAAACCCCCCAUCCCAGAGAGAAACCAUCCUCCUCCCCCUCCUCCCCCUCCCCCACCUCCGCCACCUCCUCCCCCUUACACCCACACCCCUACACCACCUUCCCCUCUCCAGAGCACCUCCAGAGUGAGUCCAGGACGGCCCCCCUGUCCCCUGAUCACAACCCAAGCCCUGCAGAGAGUCACCCUGCGCUCUGUCAAGAGGCCACAAGAGCUAGCCCCACAGGAGCUAACUAGCAUUAUGCUAACAAACCCUACAUCAGCUAAUGUCGAACAGAGCCAAGAUCGCAAUUAUGCUACACUAACUAGCAUGAUGCUAACCAACGCAACCCCAGCUAAUGAUGUUCGGCAGAGCCCAGAGAGCACCGAUGCUAAGCUAACUAGCAUUACGCUAACCAACGCUAUGUCAACUAAUGAUGCCCAGCAGAUCACAGAGAGCAUUGUUGCUAAGCUAAAUGACAUCACGCUAACCUGCGCCCGGGAGGGAGUGGAGGGGAUGGAUGCCACACUAACCAGCACUGUGUUAGAGAGUGUGGAGAGGAUCAAUGCUAUGCUUACUGAGGCUGAAGAAAGACAGACCACUGGCGUUCAUAAAAUGGCUGCCAAUUCAACUGGCACACUGACAGCAUAUUUCCAAAAGAGACUUGAAACCAAUGAUGCUAUGCUAAAGACGGUCACAAAGACACCGUCAGAGUCUGUCCCUCCCUGCGCCACACCGACCACUACUCAGCACACUGACAGAACCAGACAGUCUGUCCCUCCCUGCUCCACACCGACCACUACUCAGCACACUGACAGAACCAGACAGUCUGUCCCUCCCUGCUCCACACCGACCACUACUCAGCACACUGACAGAACCAGACAGUCUGUCCCUCCCUGCUCCACACCGAACACUACUCAGCACACUGACAGAACCAGUCAGUCUGUCCCUCCCUGCUCCACACCGACCACUACUCAGCACACUAACAGAACCAGACAGUCUGUCCCUCCCUGCUUCACACCGACCACUACUCAGCACACUGACAGAACCAGACAGUCUGUCCCUCCCUGCUCCACACCGACCACUACUCAGCACACUGACAGAACCAGAGAGGCUGUUGGAACAGAAGAAGCCCUCAGUCCCUCAACAACCUCACAGACUCCUAGACUACCAGAGAACCCUAGAACUCCAGAGGCUAUAAUGAUAGAGAAGCCCAGAACACUGGAGAAGCCCAGAACACUGGAGAAGCCUAGAACACUGGAGAGGCCUAGAACCCCAAAAAAGCCUAAAGUGGUUGGUCUCUCUAGGCCACUGAGAGCAGUGGAACCAGCGUUACAGAACGGAGAACACACGCCUCGAAAGGAGACCACACCCUGCCUCACCAAUGGCCAUCUAGAGCACUCAGCGUGUGCAAACACACUCACACACUCCCCUGCUACCCCCUCGUCCAUCCCCCGCAAAGAGAAGCCUCCCAUUGCCCUAAAGAACCCUAAACUAUCCCUACUGAGGACACACCAGAAAGACACACCAACCCCACCACCCGUACUCACAGGUACACCUCCACAGCCCUUUGUCCCAGAGACACCACCCUUUCUGGGGAUAAAAUUGGCACAGACAGAGUCCCAGACAGAGUCCCAGCCAAAGCCUGAAUUCCCUUUCCUGAAACGCUACCAGUCAGAAUACUAUGUAGUGGAGUUACCACCAAGGCCCUGUCCUUCAGCACCCUGUGUACCACAGUUACUACCAAGGCCCUCUCCUCCAACACCCUGUGUACAAAAGUUACCAACAAAAACUUGUCCUCCAGCAUCCCGUGUAGCAGAGUUACCACCAAGGCCCUCUCCUCCAGCACCCUGUGUACCAGAGCCACAGCAGGAGUCCUGUCCACUGGAGAUGGAGACAUACACAGAGACAGAAGCAGAGACAAAGGUAGAGUGUGGCUCUGUUCCAUACACAGAGUUCGGGAGAUCAGAAGAUAAGGAAGAGAAGGAGGAGAGAGAGAAUGUGCACAUCACACUGAUGCUGGGGAGGAGAGAGGAGGAAGACAGACAGAGGGGAGCCAUUGAGGAGGACAGCAGAGAUUCUGGAAGUUUCUCUCCGGAAGAGAACAAAGACGCCCUUAGCAGUGCACUGUCAACUGAAGAGGGGGAACUGGAGGAGGAGAGGAUGGAAUGGGAGAAGAGGGAAGAGAGGCGCUGUCUGGAGACAGACGGGGCCAGCAGCUCCACAGGAUCCCUGAGCUCCAGAGAGGACAACGGUGAGGUGUUUGAAAUUUCUUCAGCGGAGGAGAUGGUGACACCAGCAAGACCGCGGACUGCUGAGGACCUGUUUGCUGCCAUACACAGGUCUAAGAGGAAAGUUCUGGGUCGCAGGAACUCUGGGGUAGAGCAAUGCAGUGUCUUCUACUUCUCCUCUUCUUCCUCCUCCUCUUCCUCUCCUCCAUUGACCCCUACAGGCCCUAGCCACACCCCUCUGCGACCUCUAGAGGUGAUAGCGUCCACUAGGGUGAGAGCAGGGGUCAGCAGCAGCAGUGACAGCUUCAAGGCUCUGCUCCUGAGGAAGGGAAGUCGCGGCGACCCCGCAGCUCACAUGUCUGCAGCUGAGAGACUCCGCAGUACCGCCCCAAAACACCAGUCCGCCACCACAUAGCCAGAGCCAAUCAGACACACACCUGCAGUUGGGAGUGAAGUCACACACCCACACACCUCAUCCCUCUCCACACACGCACACAGUCCAAGUCCAGCUCCCAUCUUCAGACGUACCCCAGAUUCAGUACAGACAGAGACACAUGACGAAGGAAGAGUGGCCAAUCACUGAGCGCCUGUUCCCUCUCUCCUUCUCGUCCUCCCCCACGUGCUACUCCUCCCCCUCUCUCUGGGGGUGGCAACCCCCCCCACUCCCCCUUGCUCAGCCAGCUGACGUUUUGCUGCCCGCAGCCGACUACCUAGCAGCCCAAUGACUGCCAUCUCGGAACAAGAGGGGGAGGGGGAUGGCGAAUGACUGGAGAGCGAGGGGUUAGCCGAGACCAUCGAAUUGGCCCACGAUUCAUACAAUACUUUUGGAUUGGUCAAGCUUUCUGACGGAUAGGCUGAGGCUACCAACGGCAGCCUUGAUUGGCAGGAGAGCAGGAAUAUGGAGAGACACGAGGCCCUGUUCUCCCCUUUCUCUCUCCCUGGAGGGCAACGGAUAGAGCACCAGACAGGGGACUCACUGUCCUGCUCAUACCCAGGACAGAGGCUCCCGUCUGGGGCCAAGGGACUUUAUAUGAAUCCUGCACAUGGGGGAAACUGAUUGGAAGUCAACUGAAACAUACUGGUCUCCAGAUUGGCUGUUGUUAUAGGAUGGUUGUCUCUGUGAAUAGAUUACAGGAGAGCGUACAUGUUGUUGUUAUAGGAUGGUUGUCUCUGUGAAUAGAUUACAGGAGAGCUUACAUGUUGUUGUUUACUGAUGUGUCGCUUGAGUCCUCUGUCUAGUUUUAGUAUGUAGCGGUAUACAGUUUGAGAUUUAAUGUUAAAUACUUCUUCUGGCUGCAAGCCUGACGUCGGUACACAUAUGACAACAGCCAGCUCAAGU